GCGAGAGCCACUUCCGGCGGUGGCCAUGGUGACGGCGGCGGCCAGGAGAGGAAUUCCGCGUGGGAGGGUGGAAUUGCAAUUUGUAACUGAGUAAAAGUGGCAGGAAGAUUAAUGAGAAGACGAUUUAAUAGAAUCCUAGGCUGGUUUGGGUUGAAAGGACCUUAAAUCCCAUCUCAUUCUACCCCUGCCAAGGACAGCGACACCUUCCACUAUACCAGGUGGAGGAGCAGAUAAUUCCUCAAUUCCAGGCUGGUUUUUGGGUGAUGGAAACGUGUUUAUCCUCCUUUUGCUGCAGCAUGGAUUGAGGUUGUUGUUUUGCAUAACAAUUACGGAAGAACUUGGGCAGGAUGCACUGAAUGACUGCUGGGAUACAACAGAGGGUUUCCUUGGGUGAUGCUUCAGGUGGCAACUUUUGAGAAUUCCAGCUGUGUUGUUGUUCUCCUUCUCCUGUUUGGAAUGAGGAGCUCUGUCCAGUUGCUGCAUUCCUCCCUAAGAGUUUUUACUGCUUUCAGAAGUUUGAAUUCACUUCUAUCUUCUCAUUCUGGGGGUUAAAUUCCCCCCCUCCACUGGAAAGGUCAGAGCCCGUAUUCCCAAGGUUUGUUUUUAGAGGCAGCCCCUGGCUGAGCUGGCAUUGGACACUUGCUUGAAUCGCUGCCAUUUCCAAAUUUAAGUCGGGGCUGUCCUGCUCCAGGACCGAGGGAGCUCCAGCUCAGAGUCACUGCAAGUGAGCCUCUUUUUCAGGAAGACAGUUCAGAAAGGAAAGCUGAUGGAUUUCACAAGCACUGUCAUCAUCCCGCUGCUUUUUGGCAGCUUGGGGAUCUUCGCGCUGUUCCGGCUGCUGCAGUGGGUGCGGAUGCGAGCUUACCUGCAGGAAGCAGUGGUGGUGAUCACAGGGGCCUCCUCUGGCUUGGGGAAAGAAUGUGCCAAAGCUUUCCAUGCAGCUGGAUCCAAGCUGGUGCUCUGUGGCAGAGACAGUGAGAAGCUCAAAGAGCUGGUGCAGGAGCUUUGUGCUGUGAAGAAUCACCGCAAAAAUACACACGAGCCUCACACUGUGGUGUUUGACCUCUCGGACACCAAAACUGUGGUAAAUGCUGCUGAGGAGAUCCUGAAGGCCUUGGGUCACGUGGACAUCCUGAUCAACAAUGCUGGCAUCAGCUUCCGAGGCACAAUCGUGGACACAGGACUGGAUGUGGAUAAGAAAGUGAUGGAAACAAAUUACUUUGGACCUAUAGCCCUCACCAAAGCACUUCUCCCCUCCAUGAUCAAGAGGAGACAAGGCCACAUUGUGGCCAUCAGCAGCGUGCAAGGCAAAAUAAGCAUUCCUUUCAGAUCUGCAUAUGCUGCCUCUAAGCAUGCUACCCAGGCCUUCUUUGACUGUCUGCGAGCAGAGGUGGAGCAGUAUGACAUUGAAGUGACAGUUGUGAGCCCUGGAUACAUCCAGACAAACCUGUCCCUCAACGCUGUCACAGCGGAUGGAUCUCGCUAUGGAGUUAUGGACAAGACCACGGCCGAGGGACAGACGGCGGCCGAGGUGGCUCGGGUGGUUCUCAAUGCAGUGGGACAGAAGAAGAAGGAAGUGCUUGUGGCUGGCCUGACGCCCUGCCUGGCUGUCUACCUGAGGAACCUCUGCCCCAGGCUCUUCUUCACCUUAAUGGCAUCUAGAGCAAAAAAGGAGAAAAAAGCAAAGGGCUCUUAGAGCUCAGCUGCCUUGGGCAGGGAGAGGCUGAGCCCCUGCAGUCGGCUGGGACAUCACUGGAGGUGCUCCUGCAGGAAAAUCCUUUCUCAAAAUGCUGUUUACUAUUGCACGGAGACUGGGAAGUGGUUUCCCCCACACUGCUGGAGUAUAGCACCUAAACCUCAGCUGGAGAAGGAGGGGUGCUCGGACAGGGGGGGAGAGCUGAGGCUGCAGGGGAGGGGUCAGGGGGACACUGCAGCUGGGGAGGCCCUGGCUGGGAGACUCCUCACCUCACUCCAGGCAUGCUCAGCUUUACUGGCCUGCUACAAAUAAAACCCACCUGUUCUGCCUUCACACGAGCAGACCUUGGCUGUCCCCACCCCUGUGAAAUACAGUCCUCAGCUGGGAGCUCUCGUGAUCAGUGUCUCAUUCCCACUCCUUCCAAUCUGAUCCAGGACAUGCUGCAUGCAGUGGGAAACUUCAGAGCCUCUUCCUUUACCAUGCCAAGUCAUCUGAUAAAUUAAGCUCAAUUCAGUGCCACUUUUAAAGAAGUAACUGAUGUACAAUUUGGGUGUAUUUGGCCAUCAUUUUACCUGUCUGAAUCAUGCCCUACUGAUGUACUGGGACAGUUAAUUCUACAGUGACAGCGCUCUGUGAAUCCCAGCCCAAGGAAUGCAGGGAAGCACUGAACAGGUAGAACACAGCAAGGCAUCUGCUGCCAGGACACACUGCACAGGUGACAGCAGCACACCUGGGCCACCUGCAGCACAGAGCAGGUGUGAUCCUGUGGAUGCCAGCCACUCUGGCACUAGAGAAGAAUCCAUGUGUGUAGGGUGCAGAGUGUAGCAGACAGACCCUUUGUUCUCAUCUGCCUUAAAGCAAUCACAGAUACUAAUCAGGAUCACAUCCAUUGAAGAAUGAUAUCUGCCUGUUCAGGUAUCACUUCAGGGAGCCUGACAGCCUGAAGGGGUGCCAUGUUCCACUCACUCCUCAUGUGAGGGACAGCAGCACCACUAGGAAAAAGGAAUUGGCUGCACUGAGAUAGGACAGAAAUAAUCUUAAAAUUGAAAUAAACUAAUAGUAGGAACCAAGGUCCAGACCCCUCCUGCCACCUCCAUGCACUUGCCAGCAUUUUCUAUGUGUCCUGCCUCACGUGUCCUGCCUGGGAGUGCACAUCUGAUGACAAAUAAAUUACAGUGCUAUGAAA